AUUUCUUUUACAAUCACUUUGACAACCAGAGUUAGCAAUGUCCACAGGAACAAAAGUAACACUUGAAUUGCCAUGGGUAGAGAAAUAUAGACCAUACAAAUUACAAGACAUUGUUGGAAAUGAAGAAACAGUGGAAAGAUUAAAGAUUAUAGCCAAGGACGGUAAUAUGCCCAACAUGAUCAUAUCGGGAUUGCCAGGUAUAGGUAAGACCACGUCAGUACACUGUCUUGCUCAUGAAUUAUUAGGUGAAUAUUAUCACCAAGCUACUCUUGAAUUGAAUGCAUCUGAUGAUCGUGGUAUUGAUGUUGUUCGUAACAAGAUUAAGCAAUUUGCCCAGACCAAGAUUGUUCUUCCCCCAGGAAGACACAAGAUUAUUAUUUUGGAUGAAGCUGAUUCUAUGACUCCUGGUGCUCAACAAGCAUUGAGAAGAACUAUGGAAAUCUAUUCAAAUAGUACAAGAUUUGCAUUCGCUUGUAAUCAAUCCCUGAAAAUUAUUGAGCCAUUGCAAUCACGUUGUGCUAUAUUGAGAUAUAAUAAAUUAGCCGACGAAGAAGUGUUGGCCAGGUUAUUAGAAAUUGCCAAGAUGGAAGAAGUUAAAUAUAAUAGUGAAGGGUUACAAGCCUUAAUAUUUACAGCAGAAGGUGAUAUGAGACAGGCAAUUAACAACCUUCAAAGUACAGUGGCAGGGUUUGGGUUUGUUAAUGAUGUUAAUGUUUUCAAAAUUGUUGAUCAACCUCAUCCACUUGUUAUCCAAAAUAUCUUAUUAAGUUGUGUAAAGGAUAAAGAUUUGGACAAGGCAAUGGAAUUGCUUGAUUCACUUUGGUCCAAGGGUUAUUCUGCUAUAGAUAUCGUUACACUGACAUUUAAAGUUGCGAAAACUAUUCCUGAUAUCAACGAACAAACAAGAUUAGAUGUAAUUAAAGAAAUUGGAUUUGUUCAUAUGAGAAUUUUGGAAGGGGUUUCUACAUAUCUUCAAUUAUGUGGAAUGUAUGCUAAAAUAUGUGAUAUUUAAUGUUUCUUAUAUGCAUCUGUAAGUAAUUGGAAAUGCAGUAUCUGUUCUUCUAUAAAUUCAUUGGAUUCAACAUUCUCAUUAGUCAAGAUAUUAACAAUUAAAAAGUAAUUAUUGUACAAGAAUAUUUCCUUUUCUGUAGUUUUGUUACCCAAAGCAUGGUUACUACAUUUUGUAAGACAGCUUUCAAAGUCAUUACAUAAACGGCCAACCGAUGUGUACAACGGCUCACCGUGGUAGUCUUUGUUGGGAAUUGUAAGUCGAAGUAAUGCCAGUAAGAAUUGGGCAAAUUGUUGGGUAAUGUUCAAUGGAGCCAAUCCAGUAAUUUUCUUGGUUCUUAAUAUUGCCUUCUUCAUGGAUUCACAAUUUGCAUCAAUAGCUCUCGUAAACUGGGGCCAUAACGCAAGUAAACACGAGUUAAGAUAUUCAUCAAGAAUAGGGAUAUGAUAUUCAUUGUGUAACCUAUUUUGUGAUUCUUGAAUUAGUUUGAUGAUAAGUAUAAUUCCAAACGAAUCAUAGUUGACAGGAUCCAACACCAGGGUGUUUACAGCCAUUAUCCAAUUCAAAAACUCUUUACCUAAUACGAAUACGCUUUCAAACAUAAUUUCAGC